AUGCUGGAUGAAUUCCUUCAAUCUCUGAAAACACUUAGCAAGGAUGGCAACUUCCAAAGUGUCUCUGCUUCUAAAUAUCGUGAAGAAAGCAUCCAGAAUGCUUUUAUUACUGGGUUACGGUCACCUUCGAUCCGCCAGAGGUUGUUGGAGAAUAAUACGCUAGAUUUGAAGACAGUGUUUGAUCAAGCUCGUUCUCUGGAGUUGGCGAUGCGUAAUUCCGAAUCCUACUCUAGUCUUCCUUCAUCUGUCAAUGCAGCAGUUCCACUCGCCACUACUGAGGAUCAGGAGCAGAUAGAUCCCGGCACGCUAGCUGCAGUAGCAUCAGGUGCCUCUACUUGUUUCUUCUGUGGAAACAGUAAGUGAUGCAGUUUGCUUUAAAUGUCAGAAAAAGGGCCAUUUUGCAAAAGUUUGCCGUGGAAGGAAAAUCAGCAAGAACAAAGUUUCAGCUGCAGCCUGGUCUCCCACACUUGCCACAGUGGAUGCCCUGAAUCCCUUUCAAAGUCUUUGGGAACUGUUACUAUCAAAGGAUUGGAAGUCAAAGCCCUCUUUGAUAGUGGUAGCACUGAAAGCUUUAUUCAUCCAAGGUUGGUGGAGAAAGUAUAGCUCUUACCGUUCAUCCUUCAUCUGGUACAGUAUCCAUGGCUACCUCAGUAUCUAGUACAAUUAGUAUCACUGGUACCUGUGCCGUUAAUCUCUCCGACCAAGG